CAUUAAACUGAAUUAAGUUUGUGCCUGUAAUGUGACCAGGUAUGUAAAACGUUUAGUGUACUGCGUACAGGUACAAUAAGACGCGUGUGUACAUACGGGACUCGGAAGAGGUGUUUAUCUUACAACGUGGGACGGUUCACAGGCAGUGUCGAUGUGAUAACAGAGCUGAACAUGUGACGGGGAUGUACCAGUAAUUACAUAGUGUGCCCUAUUUAAGCUCUUGCUACAGAUGAUAUGUAGAUCUAUCUAAGUUUAGUUUGUUGUGCUCCACGAUUUUCUUAAUGAUCUCUAUAGAUCUAUAUGUCUAUAUGCUGGAUUUAAUGCGGUGCUUUCUUAUCAUUUACGUAACAGGUUUUGUUUCUACUUUCUUACUAUGUAAUGGAACAUUGGUUUCGAUUCUUCAGUAGGUCAAAUGUGACCUCGACGUCCUAUCAGCUCUAGACUCUAUUCUUCCGGCUCAAAAUUUAAGUUAACGUUUUCAGGUUAUCCCUAUCAGACGAAAUCUGACACCAUCUGAAAUCCUUCCGUGUUAAAUCCAGUAAGGAAGUCAGGCUGGGAAUGCUGCUAUAAAAGUUGUGUGCUUUACAAGUUUCGAUACAAAUGCAUGUAAUGGUGAUUCCGAAAGAGGAUAUUUUUAAAACCUGAAAUAAACUUUUGAGGAUAUUAUUAGUAUCUUGAUAGAGGAGUCCCUGUUCAUUGUGCGGUUAUUUGUAGUCUAUUCAGAGAGCAGAAAAAGAUUGUUUUUUGUGCUUUUGUCUGUUGGCACGGUCGUCGACCAUUGAAUGCUAUAUCUUCAGUAGACAUUAUCACGUGCGGGAGUUGUCUGCAAUUUAUCCCCCUUCUGUUACAACUGUGGAUAUAUCUUUCUAUUAUUACUUUGUGGCAACCUUUAGAGCCGAUAUCAGCGUCGACGUCACCGGGGAUGGCUACGUAGCUCUAGGGAUAAAUGGAAUGGAAGCUAAAAUCAAAAUGGCGAAGACACACAAACAGAGUGUGGAUAAAAAGAGUAGGAAUGGUGUGGUCCGUUCUAUCAGCCAGACGCUGGAGCAACGGCAUGCCAUACACAAUGGCGGGAAAUUUAUUCUCAAAGUGCCCAUCAGUCGAGCCGGCCUCUUGUCCAGAGCCUCGUUUUGGUGGAUGUGGGGCAUCAUGCUUGGUUUGUACAAACAUGGGCUGAGCAGUCUUUCGACCUUGUCUUGGUGGAAUGAAGAUUCUACCGAGACCAGUGUCCAGAGAUUGGAAAAAUGUUGGAAUGAGGAGCUGGCGGAUAAAAGUCCAAGCCAGGCGUCACUUAGACGUGCCAUCAGGAGAGCUUUCAAAUUUCAGCUUCUGAGGGCUGUUUUAGUCAUAUGUAUCACCUUGUCAUUUUCAUUUAUUGGAUCUGCUUGUAUUCUUAGACUUUUGCUUGACCACAUUUCAUCGAAUGAACCAGACAUCAAAAUUGGAAUAAUCAUCGUCAUCGCUCUCAUAGUGUGUGAAUUUUGUAGAUCUUUUACAUUUUCUUUAACAUGGAGUCUUAAUUACAUGAAUGGAAUGAGAGGAAGGGCAGCUGCAAUGGGUUUACUUUACAAGAAAAUACUCAAUUUAAGAAGUUUACAAGACAAGAAAAUAGGGGAGUUGGUCAAUAUGUUUAGUCAUGAUGGUCAAAGAGUUUUUGAAGCUCUGGUCAAUGGACCUUUCACAGUGGGAGGACCCUUUAUCUUUCUAGCUGGUUCUAUCUAUCUUGGACUGCUGAUGGGUCUGUGGGCUCUCGUGGGCAUUGGAACAUAUAUUUUUGUUUUUGUUGUCAUGAAAUUUUUAAAUGAUGGCAUUGAACAUUUUAGAACUAAAGCAGUCAAUUUGACAGGUCAAAGGGUUGGUUUGAUGACAGAAGUUUUAACAUGUAUGAAGUUAAUUAAGAUGAAUGGAUGGGAGUCAUCAUUUAUUGAAAGAAUAACAGAGAGAAGGAAGAAAGAAAGGGUGGCCCUAGAAAGAUGUUCCUUCUUGAAAAGUGUUGUAACUUCAUUAGUUCCCAUGAUUCCUGUUAUUGCCUCUGUUGUUAUGUUUCUUGGUUACAUCCUAUCUGGCAAUCACUUGACUGCCGCAAGGGCUUUCACAGUAAUAUCAGUAUUUUAUGCCAUGAGUUUCUCUUUGGCGUCUGCUUUAUAUGGUGUACAAACACUUAUAGAUGUCUCAGUGGCAAUGACAAGAUAUCAAGAAAUUCUCAUAAUGCCAGAAAAAAGUGUGUAUGAGAAGCCAAAAGAUGAAACAGUCGCUGUUGAGUUAAAUAUGGCAACUUUGACAUGGGAGUCCAUUGAUGAGGAAGACAUGGAAGCUACAGAUGAAGACAGCAUUAUUGCAGGGCUGAAGCCAGAAGAUGUGAAGAUACUUACAACCAAAUCUCCACUGCCCAAUCAGAACACAUUUAACUUUAACAUAUCUUCUAACCCUGACAUUGUUGAGAGUGCCACUGCACUGUUGCCCAAACCAAAGAAGGGGAGAGAAUCAAUGGACACAUUAAGCUUGUUGGUUCCUGCCCUUCAAGAAAUUGACAUAACAGUGAAAAGGGGAGAACUCAUUGGUAUAUGUGGAAUGAAAGGUGGUGGUAAAAGCUCUUUACUGGCUGCAAUUUUAGGAAGAAUGCAGAUUCUAGAUGGUGAUUUAAAAGUCAGUGGCUCCAUUGCUUUUGUAAGUCAAGAUCCCUGGAUAGUGAAUGGAACUGCAAAAGAAAACAUUUUAUUUGGUCUACCGUAUGAUAAAGAAAAAUAUGACAGAAUUAUUAAAGCCACCAAACUGGAUAUAGACUUUGAAACAUUUAGUGCCAAAGAUGGGGUAGAGAUAGGUGACAGAGGUCUAACAUUAUCUGGUGGACAGAAACAAAGGAUAUGUCUUGCUAGAGCUAUAUAUAGUGACUCUGAUAUCUUGCUGCUUGAUGAUCCACUUGCUACUGUCGAUGUCAACAUGGGACGACACAUUUUUGCACAGUGCAUCAAAACCAUCUUGCAUGAUAAGACAGUUUUUAUGGUCACUCAUCACCUUGAGUAUUUGCCCAAAUGUGACAAAGUUCUGUACAUGCAUGAAGGUCGGGUGGUCACUUUUGGCAGCCAUGCAGAUCUGAUGACUAAAAAAGGUGCUUAUUCUGAGUUGUUCACCCUUUACAACAACAAAUAUGACAGAAUUCUUAAAGAAAGAAUGUUAUACAGGGAUAGAAAGGAAGUGCGGAUGGUCCCACAGCGAGGUUUCUCCAGAGUGUCUGAGAAAGUACUGAACCAUCAGCUGAGUAUGAUUUCUAUGACAGCAGGAGGUAUUCAGCAUCAAUUCAGUGUGGUCUCUUCAACCAGUUUAGUGCCAGAUUACGAGCAUUUGGAUCUUGAUGAUCUGACAUCCACUGGAAGUAAAUUGGAUUGUAUGGUUAAAACCAGCACCUACAAGACAUAUAUCAAGGCCAUGGGAGGUGUGGCCAUAUUCAUCUUGUUGUUGUUCAGCUUUUUAGUCAGCAUUGCAAUCCAGUCACUCACAACAGGCUAUCUGGCAUAUUGGCUUGACCAGGGGUCAGGGUUAAUGGUGUCAAAUAUCUCCAGUGUGAAUGUCAGUGCUGCCAGUUUCCAUGCUGACAACAUCACUGAUAGUGUCUUGGAUAAUCCACAUAUUAACACUUAUGCAUUUGUUUAUGGAAUGUUCUUACUUGCAAUGUUGAUCAUUCUAGUUGGCAGGUCUCUUGUAUUUGUAAAGUUAUUGUUAAGAGCAUCAACAUCCCUGCAUCAGAAACUGGUCAAGAAAACUUUACAGAGUCCUAUGAAAUUUUUUGAUGCUACACCAAUUGGUAUAAUACUCAAUAGAUUCUCAGCAGACAUGGAUGAGAUUGAUGUGCGUCUGCCUGCCAACUGUGAACUUUUUCUCCAAAAUGUGUUCCUAGUUUUAUCUGCCUUAGUCUUAAUCUCCAUAGUGUUCCCAUUUGAUCUCCUGGCCAUCUUGCCUCUGAUGGUCAUAUUUGGAGUCCUGGCACAUAUGUUUGCACCAAUUCUUCAACAGCUUAAAUUCAUGGACAAUGUCACAAGGUCACCUUACUUGAGUCACCUCGCUGCUUCUGUUGAAGGCAUUGCCACCAUCAAUUCAUUUAAUCAGGGUCCAAGAUUUUAUCAAAAAUUUUGUGAUUUAGUCAAUCGCAACAGCAUACCUUUCUUCUUGUUCUAUGCAGCCAAUCGUUGGAUCGCUGUUUUCUUAGACUGCAUGACUAUUGUUGUUAUUGGGGCAACUGGCGUACUUAUAGUGUUGAAUCUAAGUCCAGAAAAUAGUUCAGAGGCUGGACUUGCAUUAUCUUUUGCUAUACAGAUAACAAGUCUUGUCCAGUAUUCUUUAAGACUAUCUAUGGAGACUAUAUCACGAUUCUCUUCAGUGCAGAGGAUACAGGACUGUGUAGAGAACUUCCAGUCUGAGGGAAGUGUUAUUAACAAUCCCCAAAUACCCCCAGCCAGCUGGCCAAGUGAAGGGGCCAUCACAUUCAAGCAGUAUAAGAUGAGGUAUAAUGAUGGCCAGCCACCAGUCAUUAAAGGCAUAAGUGUAAACAUUCAGGCCAAGGAAAAAAUUGGAAUAGUGGGAAACUCUGGCUCAGGGAAGUCAUCACUGGGUGUUGCACUGUUUCGCUUGUCUGAGGCAGCUUCAGGAACCAUAACUAUUGACAACAUUAACAUUCGUGAUGUGCCCCUUGAGAUUUUGAGAUCAAGGUUAUCUAUCCUUGUUCAGGAUCCAGUGUUAUUUACAGGAACAGUUAGAUACAAUCUUGAUCCAUCCAACACUAUCAAAGCAGAUGAUAUACUUUGGCAAGCCUUAGACAAAUGUCACAUUAAAAAUAAGAUUGAGUCUUUGGAGUGUGGCCUUGACACACUAGUUGAAGAAAAUGGUAGAAAUUUUUCAAUGGGUGAAAGACAACUUUUAUGUUUAGCCAGAAUUUUACUUCGCAACACCAAAAUUUUAGUUUUGGAUGAAGCCACAGCAUCAGUGGAUGCCACAACAGAGGCUCUGGUUCAGCAGACUAUCAAGGAAUGUUUCCAGAACUGUACAGUGUUGAUGAUUGCUCAUAGAAUCAAUACAGUCUGGGACUGUGACAAAAUCUUGGUCAUGGAACAAGGAAAGAUGGUAGAGUUCAAUCAUCCCACAGUAUUACUGCAAAAAUCGUUUUCACGUUUUAAAUCCAUGUUUGAGAUGUUGAAAUCCCAGCCACGUGGAGCAUCCAUCAAUGAGGAUCCACUGCCAACCACCACAUCAAGAGCUUCGUCUUCUCCUCGACUGCCCUCAUCUCCCCACUUGCCAUCCCCACUUCAACAUACUCCGACAUCCUCCCCAUUUGGUGAACUUUCACCACUCAAAGAUGAGUCCUAUGAUGAUAGUGAUGAAAAUGAUGAUGCAUUGGUGUGAACAAAGUGAAUCUGUGCAUGAAAUUAAUUGAACUGCAAGAUUUCCAUUUCAUUCUCUCUUUUAUGAUAAUUGGAGGUCAAUAUACUAUGGUCUCAAUGAAACCUAAAUUAUCUGGCUUGUGUAUAGGCUUGAGAGAAAUUUAUUUUAACACUAAUUAUCUCAGGCUUUACCAGUCUCUGACCUCAGUUCUCUGCUCCUUGAAGCCCUACUAGACAUUAAUGAACUUGAUGUAGAAAAGAGAAUAUUUUUUUUUACUGAAAGUGGCUUCAUCAUUUGAAUCAAUGUACAAAAUGUGUUGGAUGCAGACUUAAAAGUGGAUGGGAAAAUAUAAAGUGAGGAUUUAGUGAUUUGUGCAUGCUAAAGCACUGCUGCCAUAAAGAAGGUUCUGAACCUGUUUCUGUAUACUAUGUAUAUCAAUUUUUAAAUGAUCUAAAGACAGCAAGAAACUAGCACUAAA